GCCAGCGUGCAUCAGCGCUCCGUCUGCAGCUGCAAGAAUGUCCAUAUUGUGUCUGCAGGCUCACAUCCAGCGUCUACUGACUCCAUAGCUGCAGCCUCCCCGAGAAGCAGGCCUGAGCAGCAACGGCUGCUGCGAGGUGAAGAAGCUCUGAUGUGGCAGGCGACAGAGUGAGAGGAAUGGCAGGAGAAAGCGUGGGGUCCGACUAGGCUGGCUGUGUGUGGGAGCUUCACACUGUGGACACAAUGUCGUACAGCAACAGGGAGCUGGUGGAGUUCUUUAUCAGCUACAGGCUGUCUCAGAGGAACUACCCAACCUCUCUACUGAGGCCAGAGGAUGCUGGCGGGAGGACUGAGGGAGCCAGGGCCACCUCAGCCGCCAGUAACGGCUUGCUGGUCAACUGCAGGGACAGGUGUGGUGAGCAGGGGACGCCGUCCGUCACCCCGGGUGGUGGUGGUGGUGUGGAGGCCGUGAAGGCAGCUCUCCGGGACUCUGCUGACGAGUUCGAGCUGCUCUUCAGGCAAGCAUUCAGUCAGGUUUCCCUGCAGCUGGACAUCACCCCUGACACAGCCUACCACAGCUUCAAGAGUGUGAUGGAUGAGGUGUUCAAGGACGGAGUCAACUGGGGACGUGUGGUGGGCCUGUUUUCUUUUGGGGGUGUGCUGUGUGUGGAAUGCGUGGAGAAGAAUAUGAGCGAGCUGGUCUCCCGCAUCGCAGACUGGAUGACCAUGUACCUGGAUGAGCACAUCAGUCCGUGGAUCCAGAGCCAAGGAGGCUGGGACCGCUUUGCUGAGAUUUUCGGACAAGACGCAGGUGCAGGAGCGCGGAGAUAUCAUGACACGGUGAAGAGAUGGCUGCUAGUUGGAGUGGGGGUGUUGACAGGAGUGCUGAUUGCGAUGCUCAUCGCUAAGAGACAAUGAAAGUGCUGCAUCUCGUUUACCACAACGCUACGCCAACAGAAAUACAACUAAAUAGUAAAUGUUUACAAAAAGCCCAGUCUGCUCGUGCACUGACAGAAUGUGGAUUGGCUGAAGCAGUUUGUGGGAGUAUCUAUAACAUGUAGCUUGGUGAGCUGCUACGCUUCCCACCCGCUUUGUCCUGUGUCUUUCAUUGUUUUGAAAACAGAGCAGAGAUUUUCACCUGUUACAGGCUGAAAACUCCAGACUGGAAGUGCUUUAAAUGAACCUGAUAAGCUAAGAAUCAGUGGGAAAACGUAGAGCUGGAUUGAUGAGACUGCUUAUUUUUUAUGUUUUUCAUUGUGUGUUAUCCAAGGACCAAUUUUUAAUACCCUGAAACUGACAGAAUAUGUAGGUUAUAUUUCCUUUUCACUGUGUAAUGCUCAGCUCCUUUUGUGGGCCGUACUGGAGUUUAAGGCAUGCUUAGAAAAAAUAAAUAAAUAUAUUUAUGUUUU